ACAAAAAUGCAAGGGAAUGAAAUUGAAAAAGAAAAAAAUAAUGAAAUAAUAAAUAAACAAACAUUAAAUAAUAAUGAAAAUAAUGAUGAAAAAAUGAAUAAAUUGGAGGAUAGACUUGAACAAGCUGGAAUUGUAAAACCUCCAGAUGGAGCUUUUGGAUGGGCUGUAGUUUUUGCCAGUUUUUGUACAAAUGGAAUUGUUGAUGGAAUUAUUUUUACUGUCAGUGCAAGUCUAGUACCUCGUUGGGAACGUUUUUUCAACAACAACACAGUAACUAAUGUAACUUCUCUUUUGGCUGGGUUUUAUUUACUUUCUGGCCCUUUAGCCUCUGCUUUGGCUAAUUCUUUUGGUUGUAAUACUGUUGCCGUUGCUGGGGCUUUUAUUGCUGCAAUAGGCUUUCUUGUUAGCGCCUUAAUACCUGCUUUGCCUGUUUUGUAUGUUGCUUUUGGAAUUAUUGGGGGAAUUGGCUUUGGACUUGUUUUUCUCCCCGCAAUUGUUAUUGUUGGGCAAUAUUUCUCAGAAAAAAGAGCUUUAGCAACGGGAAUUGCUGUUUGUGGUUCUGGUAUUGGAACGGCUAUUUUUGGGCAGAUUAAUCCAAUAAUUCUCGACCAUUUUGACAAACUUGUCGGUGAAGAAGAUAGUUGGCGUAUUUUUCUACUUUUUCUUUCUGCAAUAACUUUAACUUGUGCAAUAUUUGGUUGCUUCUUUAAACCUUUAAAACCUUCAAAAUCGCAACUUGAACAAGUGGUUAAAAUUGCGAGUGAAUUUAUGGGAAAAGGUGGAAAUAAUGAGGAAAUAAUAUUGAGAGAGGAAAAUGAAGAAAAUAGUAAAAUUAUUAGAAGGCCUUCUGACACUACAAAAAUUACUCAAGGAGUGGAAAUUGAACGUUUUGUUAAACCUCCCCAAAAUGGAGCUCUUUCACGUCGACGAGUAGAUUCAUUUUCACAAAGACCUUUUUUAUCAACACUUGAAUUGUUGGCUAGUCGACAUGCACUAGACCAAUCAAGCACUUCAAAUGCUAAUUUGGCAAGAAAAGUCAGCAAAGUUGGAGUUAUCGACCUAAAUCGCCCCCUUAGCCGAAUGGAUGUUUUCUACACCGGAUCAACUCAAAGUUUGGCAAAGAGAACACAAAACAGAAUGCCAAAUUUUAGCGAAAAUAAUUUUUUUGAAAAUAAACAAGAAGCAAAACCUUCAAUUGGAAAAUCUAAUCUUUAUUUGAGUGCUGCUGGUUUACAUACUUUGGAAGGGGCGGCAAAGUCUGGAAUUGUUUCCUCUAAAUGGACUAAUAAUAUUAUUUCUUCCCUUCGUUCAAUGCUUGAUUUGGGCCUUUUACAAAGCCCAACAUUUCUUGUUUUGGCAAUUAGUGGUUUCUUGACACUUUUUUGUUUUUUUGUGCCUUUUGCUUUUAUUGGGGAAUUAGCCGCUAAUAAAAUAUCUUCAACAACAACAAUAAAUAAUUUUAAUAAAAAUGUUACAAAUAAUUUAAAUAAUUCGGAAAGUGGUUCAGCUUCCCAAUUACUUUUGGUUCUUCUCGGCCUUUUUAAUGUUGUUGGACGUGUUUUAUGCGGUUAUAUUUCUGAUCACCCAAAAGUCGAUCCUUUAAUUGUUUCAAAUAUUGCUUUAAUUAUUGGUGGAAUAGCUACAGCAUUUGCCCCUUUACUUAAUCAACUUUGGAUGUUUGCUAUUUAUUGUUUUCCUUUUGCUUUUGGUGCUGCCAGUUUUGCAGCUUUACGUUCAAUUAUUUGUGUUGAAUUACUUGGUAUUGAACGCCUUUCUAGUGCUUUUGGAAUGUUAAUGCUUUUUAUGGGAGUUGCUGCUCUUUUUGGUAGAUUUUUCUCUUUUUUUUAG